AUGGGGUGGAAAUUGGCUGCGGUUUUGUUAGUUCUCUUAAUCAAAUACACCAAUGCUGAUUGCACUUGCUAUGAGCCAGGAAAUUACACGGGAAGAUUAGCUCCAAUCAGUAAUUCUUUUGAUAAUUCUGACUUCUCUUCAUGCUAUACACCUUGCUCUUUCCUUGCCUACAGCGGAGAUGAUACUCGCAGAUGGGGUGGACUCACAAUCAACUGGGGAUCAGUAGAAGAUAACUCGGGAAUUCUUCAAAUUUUUGACGGCACCGACAUUACUGGAAUCCCUUUAAUUCAAGUUAGUGCUGGUACGAAUGUGCUAAGUGGUUCCACUAAAAACUUGAUCAAAAGCUCGCAACCAAGAAUUACCAUUAAGUAUACUCAGACAGGAACUGGGGCAAAUGUUUAUUAUGGCGUCAUCAAAGCCACACCAGGUCUCCAAGCAAGUACUCUACCAAUCAACACUGUUGCACCAACAACAAACACUUGA